AUGAUACCAUCGGAUCGAACACUGACCAAUAAACUCCACCAGGAGUUUCGGUAUAUUCAACUAAUAUAUCACAGAAAUAAAAAUCAGCACAAAAUGGCAAUUUGGUGGCGGAACUUUAAUGAAUUGAAAAGAAGCGCUGCGCAAGCUUUAAUUCUUGUUCAAAACGAAAAAAUGCCGAAGUCUGGACUUGUAAGAUUAUUUCACAUUAUCCAAAAACUGCGAAAACAUCAAGUGUCUCGGAUGUUUUAUAGUUUCAACGGGGUGGUAGGCCUGGGGCAAUUUGUAACGUUGGGAGUUGUGCUGGUUGGGAUCUUGGCUAGAAUACAUGCUCUCUACACUGAGGUCUACCAAAUUUAUGAGCAGGAUUUUGAACAGUUAAAGCUGCUAAGAUGUCAAGAAAAGCCAGCUACUGCUCUGAUCUCACAUGCCCAGCUGGAAUCUUUAGUGGAAGAAGAGCUGGGCGAAGAAAUAAUAGAUAGCGCUGAAUCGAAACCAGUAACAUCUCUGCGAGACACUUCAAAUGUCUGUCCAAGCGCUGAACCGACAAAGGUUCCAAAAAAAAGACUAAAAAGAAGAAGAAAAACGCCAUGGACGACAUUUUUGGGUAAUUAG